AUGGGGUUGGUAGACAACUCUAUUACUUUGACCACCUGCGGUAUUGGUCUUCUCCUUUGUAUUGUGGGGAAUGUCAUAUAUAACAUUUACUUCCAUCCCCUGAGCAAGUUUCCGGGUCCCAAAUAUCUAGCAUUGGGACGAAUCCCGGUGACUUUGGCAACCCUGCGCGGUCAGAGAGCGCAAUUUCGAUUCAAUGCCCACAGGAAGUAUGGCGAAAUUGUCCGGAUCGCAUCCAAUGAACUCAGUUUCGCCCAUUCACAGGGGUGGCGAGAUAUCUACGGGACGCAGUCCAAAGUUCAAGUGACCAAAGCAGUGAGUGGUGUAGAGGAGAAGGAAGGGGCCCAGUCUGUCGUUACCGCUGAAGGGGCUACUCACACGAGGCAAAAGCGGAUGAUGACCACCAUGUUCUCAGAGAAAAUGCUGAGGGAGAAGGAGACACUUUUUGUCCGCUACGCUGAUUUGCUAAUAAAGCGUCUGGAGGGGUUUGAAGGACAUCCAGUAGCAUUGGCUGAUUGGUAUAACUUCACCACUUUCGACAUAAUCGGUGAUCUUCUCUUUGGCGAACCACUUGGGAUGCUCUCAAAUUCGAAGUAUGUUCCUUGGGUCAGGUCUAUCCACGACUUUCUCAAAGCAUUUGCCAUGAUUGUAGUACUGUAUGAGUAUCGUUUGUUUCGAGCCCUUUGGGCUCUUGUACCCUCAAAAGCCCUCAACAACUUACGGGACACUCAUUUCCGCUAUACAGGACUGAAGCUGGAGCGUUACCUAAGUCGUGACGCAAAUUCACGUCCGGGUCUCAUGGGAUACUUGUUGGAUGGUGGCAGCCGAAAGGGACUCAACUUGGAGGAAGUCCACACAAACGCUCCCAUUCUCGUUUUCGGAGGUAGUGAGACUUCUGCAACUCAAUUACGUUGUCUGACCUUCCUCCUUUUCAAAAACCCUGACAAGAUGGACAAGUUGAUAACCGAGAUUCGGACCAAAUAUUCCUCAUCUGAGCAAAUCACAUACGACUCACUCCUGGAGCAAACUUAUCUCAACGCGUGUAUUGAGGAAGGUCUACGAUAUUACCCUCCCUGUACCAAUGGCUUGCCCAGAACCGUCCCGAAAGGCGGAACCACUAUCUGUGGCGAGUUCGUUCCCGGUGGCACUAAUGUUUCUGUUGCCACGUACUCUCUCCUCCGCUCACCUAGAUACUUCUACCAAGCGGACUCAUUUAUUCCAGAGAGAUGGCUUAAGGAAGGUGAAGGCGGCAGUUCACUUUUCGCGACUGAUGAAAAAGCAAUUGUUCUUCCGUUCAGCUAUGGGCCACAUAACUGUCCAGGCAAAAAGAUGGGUUACUACGAAAUCAGACUUAUCCUAUCCAAGGUCCUCUGGCAUUUUGACCUGAAACUUCUCCCCGAAGACGGCGGGGAGGAAGACUAUUGGGACAGUAUGCAAAACUAUCAAACUUGGACCAGACGGCCGCUGAAGGUAAUAGCAAAGCCUGUCCAAAGAUGA